AUGUUUUCUACUGACUCGUCUGAGAAUUCUAAAGUUGUCCCUUAUCGCGCUACUAACUGCGUGGAAAACAGUAAGAAUACUAAUGGUCCGCUUUCUUGUCACCAUAAUAUACCCCCUCCGCCUUUAUACUCUUCGAAUACAACUAUGCUAUCUUUCAAUAAUGUCGAACAAUCAUAUACGAGAGUCGUUGGUCAAGUCUAUUCUAGAGAAACUGUUACGACAAUUUAUGGUGAUCCGACUUCUUCAAAUUGUUGGAAUCAACGUCAAGUCGGUUUCUAUUGCUACGUAUGCCAUUCUGUUAUAAAUCCUCAAGAUUUUCAUUCCUUGGUUUCUUGCGCUUCGACAAAUUGCGAUGUUUAUGCUCAUGGAUGUUUAAUGAAAAAUGGUUUUCAUGAUAGGAAUAAUCCUUGGUAUUGUCAAAGAUGUAUUUCCACAACUCAUCAAUCAUUUUCGUCCCCUGUUCGUUCAAUGGAACCGAUUUCUUCAAACCCUGUUGAAAAUAAUCCUUCUCCACCAAUAAAUCCAUUGCAUUUACUGUUGGAAGCUUCUGAUCAAAUACAAUCAAAUUCGGGUCCGGAUAAUAAUAUCUCAGUUAACACUCCCGUCAUUCAGCGGGAAUCUACAUCAACUCAAUACUCUGAUGUUAAUGACAGCUCUUCUCGUACCGAUUUUAUGUCCUGUGAUCCUGUUCCUGAUCAACGUAUUUUGAAUUAUAACAUUGGCUUGAUGAGUGCUAACAAUGGUCAUGAUGAUGCGGAAACUAUCCCCGCAAAGUUUAAAGCUCAAUAUGCUACUUAUAAUGAAGAACGUAAUAAUGUCAUUCGUAAUCUUGAACGUACUCGUAUGCGUCAAGAUAAAGUAUCUGAUGCUUUGAAUGAUUCUUUAACUCGCCUUACUGAGGAAUUCAACAAACAUCUUAAAAAUAACCAUAUUUUACGUGAAGAUAAUAACAAACUUAAUAAUGCUUUACAAAAGCUUAAACUCGCCUUGAUUCCUUUAGCCCAAGAAAGGCCUGUUUUGCAAGUGUUACGUAAGAUAACUCAGAACGAUGAUUUACAAAGUCAAGAUAUAACAAUGGAUAACGUUUUAAAUUUGUUUAUGGGCCUUUUACCUAUCUCUAAUUUGUUCGGUACUUUACCAAAUUCUCUCUGUACUUCAAGUUCUUCUUCUCCUUCCCCAUUGGAUUCUUGUCAAAAGUGCUCAAAGUUUGGCGAAAAUUUGAUCCGUUGUAAUUAUUGUCAAAAAGUUCAACAUGUUGAUUGUUGUAGUAAAGAUGAAAAAACUUCCAUUGAUAUUGUGAACGAACGAUGGACUUGUGUAGACUGUAAAGAUUCUACUACUGUUAAACGAAAGCAUUACUCUGAUAAAAGAUCUAGUUCCAACGGUCCAUCUUUAACUUUAAUUGGAAAUUAUAAACGUAUCAAGACAAAUGAUAAAAACUCUUUAAAAGACAAUUCUUCUCUAUAUAAUAUUACCACUCAUAAUCUUGAUAACGGUGGUGUUUUGUCCCCUCAACUCACUCCACAACAAUUAAAAUCAUCAAAUGGUGCUACUCAAAAUAAUAUUGAUGAUAUGAUGGAACAUUAUACAAUGCCACAUACUCCAAUGUCUGAUGAUGAUAAAAUUACUAGUGAUGAUAAUGAUAGUAGUUUUAGUAGUGAUUUAGAAAUUGACGAUGAAAAUCGUAAAGAUGAUUCAACUCUUGGAACUUUUGAUCGAACACCUCCACCUGAUAAUGGUCCGGAAGCAUCCAGACAACCUGCCCGUUUCGAUGUUGGAAAAUCGAAAGAGGGUCUUUGUCCUCAUUGUGAACCUGCUCGAUGGCUCAAAACAAAGAUUUCUGCUUAUUGGUAUCAUUUGAAUUAUCAACAUGGGAUCUCUUCAAUCACUGGUCGACCAUUUGCUCAACCAAUUGCUGAACGACUCAAUAAGAAGUCAGGUAUGAAAGAGGCUUUAUGUCAUAAAUGCAAUAAAUGGAUUUUGAAUCAAUCACCAAGAGAUAAGGAUGUAUUGGUUCCCGAAAUUUACUGGUACAAACAUGCUCAAAAAUGUCAUCACACCCCUUAA